AUGUCCUCCCCGGACCAGAAAGCCGAUCCCUUGCCGGUUGCCGCUGAAGCGGACACAGAUGCAUCAGCCCUCGAAAAAGCGCCCGAAACACCACCGGCCGCCACCGCCACCUCCUCCUCCGACGAGCGCGAGAUCAGGGGAAUCCGGUGGUUCCUGAUCUGUCUCGCGCUGUACGUUUCGGCGCUCAUGUACGGGCUGGACACGACCAUCGCGGCGGACGUGCAGGGCGCCGUGGUGGGCACCUUCGCCGACGACGUGGCCCAGCUGGCCUGGAUCGGCGCCGGGUUCCCGCUCGGCUCCGUCGCCGCCGUGCUGCCGUACGGCUUCCUCUUCACCGCCUUCAACAUGAAGUGGCUGUACGUCGCGGGCAUCGUGCUGUUCCAGGCCGGCUCCGCGCUCUGCGGCGCCGCGCCGUCCAUGGGCGCCCUCGUCGUCGGCCGCGUGCUCGCCGGCGUCGGGGGCACGGGCAUUUACCUUGGUGGGCUGAACCACUUCUCGGCCAUGACCACGCGCAGGGAGCGGAGCGUGUACCUGACUGGGACCGGCUUCGUGUGGGGGGUGGGCGCGAUCCUCGGCCCCGUUGCCGGCGGCGGCUUCUCCGUGUCGCCGGCGACGUGGAGAUGGGGGUUCUACAUUAACCUCGUGAUUGGGGCCCUGACCGCGCCGAUAUACCUCUUCUGUCUGCCGUCCAUCGACCCGGCACCCGGCAAGUCGCUCCGUGAGAGAGCUGCGGCGUUGGAUUAUCUCGGUUUUGUUCUCAGCGCAGCCACGUGGGUGUUCUUCGCGGUAGGUUUCGUCUUCGCCGGCGGUCGGUGGGCGUGGGACGACGGCCGGUCUAUCACGUUUGUUGUCCUCUUCGGCGUCUUGUUAGCGUCCUACACCCUGCAGCAAUACUUCUGCAUCUUCACGACGCCCGAUACCCGCAGCUUCCCCGGCCAUCUCCUCCGAUCCCGCACGCAGGUCCUGCUAUACAUCACGACGUCCUGCGCCAACGCGGCCAUGUUCUUCACGACGUUCUACAUCCCCAUCUACUUCCAGUUCACGCGGUCCGACGACUCGCUCAUGGCGGCGGUGCGCCUCCUGCCGUUCCUCCUCGUCCUCAUCACCUUCAACCUGGCCACCGGCUGGGCGCUGCCCAAGAUCGGGUACUACAUGCCCGUGUGCCUAGUCUCGGGAGCGAUCAUGACGCUCGCAGCGGCGCUUUUCCUUGGCUACCUCUCGCCGACGACCCCGCCGGCGUACAUCUACGGCUUCAGCGUCCUGAUGGGCGUCGGCAGCGGCAUCACCAUGCAGCUGGGCUACGCGGUGGCCAGCCUCAAGGUCUCGCGGCCCGCGGAUGUCUUUGGUGCUAUCAACAUGCAAAACAUCGCCCAAAUCGGCGCCACCGUGAUCUGCCUGGUCGUUGCCGGCCAGGCGUUCCAGACGAGUGCCGUGCGCAACCUGGACGCCGCGCUCGCCGGCCGCGGGUACAGCCGGGCGCAACUUCAGGCCAUGGUUUCGGGAACGGAGAGUGCGUUGUUCGACUCGCUGAGCGGCGAGCUGCGGGCGAAGGUCAUCGACGCGGUUGUAGCAGCCAUGCGGCGGGCGUUUGUCAUACCGCUUGUUGCUGGGGCGGUGAGCAUCGUGAGUGCCGUGCUGAUGAGGAGGGAGAGGCUGUUUGCGUGA